GCAGAUGCCUGUCAAAGGUCGGCUCUGUACAGACGUAAACGCACACUCGGUUUGUCCACACGAAUGUGAUCAUGGAACCGCGGAAAUAUGUUCUUCUGAUGUCCAUAGUGGUUGGGUGCAGUGUAGCGACGGCUAAGACCAUAUUCCUGGAAGAAGAUAUGCCGAGUAUUGAAGAGAUAAGCUUCAUGAAGAAGUAUGGGUACCUCCCGGAGAAGCAGGAUGAUAUAGAUUUCGCGUAUACGUCACACUCAAUUGCAGAAGCACUAAAGAAAAUGCAAGAGUUCGCUGGUCUCUCUCCAACCGGACAUCUUGAUUCCGAAACUAGAAAGCUAUUUAAAAGAAAACGUUGCGGUGUGAAGGAUAUUGAAACGAAAUCAGCGAUACAUCGUCGGAAACGCUACAUCCUGCAACAAGGAUGGGGCAAAAAGGCAAUCACAUACCGGAUUCUUAAUGGUUCGAGCACGCUUGAGAGAGCUCGCGUGCAGUCGUUGAUGGCCACAGGGCUGGCGGUGUGGGCGCCGCACGGAGGCUUAAGGUUCGAACAGCUAGAGCGUGGCAAGGCCGACAUACAAGUUUCCUUCGCGAGCAAGGACCACGGAGAUGGGUUUCCUUUUGACGGGCCAGGUCACGUGGUCGCGCACGCGUUCCCACCGCCGCACGGCGCAAUGCAUUUCGAUGACGACGAGCUUUGGGGUGACAACCCUGCCGAGGAAGACGAGGACAUUACGGAUUUCUUCGCGGUCGCGGUUCAUGAGAUCGGACACGCGUUAGGGUUGUCUCAUUCGAACGUAAAGGCGUCGGUCAUGUACCCGUAUUACCAAGUGCCGGUGGAAAAAUUACACGAGGACGAUAUUCUAGGAAUGCAAGAACUUUAUCUUAAGGAAGAAAUUCCCUCGGUCUCGGCGGAGAGCACGGAGCGCUCGGUGGCAUCGCGCUCAUCCCUGGCGCCGCGCCCCACUCUCGCCGACGAUGAUGAGAACGACGUGCCCGACCUCUGCUACACCAACUAUGACACCCUGCAGGUCAUACAGGGCAAAAUAUAUGUCUUCGAGGAGGAGUGGGUGUGGGUAUUAACAGAAAGAAAACAAAUAUUGGAAGGUUAUCCCAAAAGAUUUCACGACGUUUUCAUAGGACUGCCCAAACACAUCAACGUGAUCAGGACGAUAUAUGAGAAACAAAACGGACAUAUUGUUGUAUUUUCUGGUAGAAGUUUCUGGGAAUUCAGCUCUCGGUUUCGUCUAGUAAGACGCGGGAGAAUCAGCGAAUAUAAGAUUCCACCUCAGAUAUCUGAAUUAACAACCGUCUUCCUAUCAAACUAUAACAACAAAACUUAUCUCAUAGAAUACGAAAGGUUCUGGAGAUUUGAUGAAGCGACGGGUAAAAUGGAUAAAGGAUAUCCCAAAGAAAUGUCAGCCUGGAGACAGGUUCCAUAUCCUGUAGACGCAGCAAUUAUAUGGAAAGGAGAUACGUAUUUCUUCCGCGGUCCGCGGUUCUGGCGCUUCGACAACACGUUGGUGCGCGCGCACGAGUACUACCCGCUGCCCACCGCGCAGAUCUGGUUCCCGUGUCGACCCACGCCAGACAUGGCACGAUACGUCUCCAACGACGAGCCCUAGUGGCCGUCUGUAGCGUCUCUAAUUAAAUAACAUCAUAUGUGAUAUUACUUA